AUGCCCAAAAGGCGCGAAGCACCAACUCGCAAGACCGCUAGCUCUGCGAAAAGAAUAAAAUUCAGUUCUUUUGGCGCUCCCAAUGAAACCGAUGAUCUCCCACAGGCUCAUGUGGCUGCUCAGCAACAAUCGGGUCCUUCUGCUGGAGCCUCUCUGCGAGCCCCCCGCCACACUAAUGGGAUCCCUACUCUAGCUUCCUACGCUACUCGGGUGCUUGCGAUGCAUUUUAAGACACUCUGCCUCUCUGCAAGUGAGAACCUGAGGAUAGGCGGGCCUCCUAUGCUAAGAAGACUGAGUGACUUGCCGGAUACUCUCAUCCCGAACCUCCUCCUGCUCUUGCGGGAGUAUUGUCCAACUUAUUUAAGAUCGGACAUAAUCACAACGUAUCUUUUAAGAGGUCGCGAAAUACGGCUGUCGGGAGACUUUCCCGGAGUCAUUACCUCGGUCUUGGCCGCUAUCGGAGUACGACAUAACGCAGGGAUUAUAACCACGCUGGAGCUAACAGAACUCCCGGCGAUCGCUGAUCAAACGUUUGCCACGGUCGUAGCGAGGCUCCCGGAAUUGGAUAUAUUAAACUUGAGGAAAUGCAGUAAAGCGGGUCCUUUGGUCCUUGAUGCCGCAGCGUCCAAGUGUCCUCGACUUAAAGUGUUAAAUAUGAACUACACUGUUGCGACUCCUCGAUCGAUCUUAUCAGUUUUACUUGCGUGCAGAGAACUGGAGGUUCUUAAAAUUGCUGGUAGUCCCAAACUAAUUUCCGGCUCCAUAUCGGCUCUCAUCAAAUCUCAUACUGAAGCAAACCCAGACGACGAAAUACCCACUUUCAACUCUCUUAAGUCCCUUAAACUCCGGUUGACAAAACUCGGUGAUUCGGACCUUGCCGCUUUCUUCUUUCAUUGUCCAAAUUUAACGACCCUUGACAUCUCGUUCACCCAAGUCAAAAACAUUCCUAUUAUCUCACCAUUUCCUCCACUGAAGAAGCUUUGCCUCACUUCGACACGAGUUUCGGGUACAAAUUUGGUAAACGUGCUGGACAACUGCUCGGAGCUAGAAGUGCUUUAUCUGGGAGCGUUCGGCAAAACCUUGGGAGCAGCUUCGGGGAGCGGGAACAUCCUUACAGAUUCACUACUACGGGACAUAACAGACGUACUAGAAAGGUGUCCGAACCUCAGGAGUAUAAGUCUGGUCAGUAAUACGAGACUUGGGGCAGGAGGCAGUGUUGGUAGAGCGUUGCAAGACUUUGUCAAGAGGGUUGGACGAAGAUGCGAGAUACUAGACUUUGAGAAUAUACCUCAAUUGCGCUCUGGUGAUCUUGAAGGUUUACUUAGCACCUCUGAAUACGACCAACCUUCGCCACUUCGCGCCUUGAACGUGGCUCGUACGGGUGUAAAUGGGGAUGCAGCCAUGUUUAUUGCGGCGUGUCCGAAACUUGCGGAAUUGGAUAUUGCUUCGACUAGAUUUGGGAGUAAGCACCACGCGUUUUCGUGGAAUGGGUUCGGAUACUUAAGGGAAUGGUAUUUAGAGGAAGAGUUGUUCACGAUUCUGGAUUGUUGCCCAGAUCUUAUCCGACUGGAUUUGACUGGUUGUCGCAGUGUUCCUUUACAAGACAGGAGGCGAUUCUUUGAGGUGUGGGAGUCGGCUCGCGAAGAUGGAUCGAGUAGUUUGCCUUCGUUUAUCAUCAUGGCCAUGAGAGUGAACUGGUCUCCCUUUACAGGCGGACUUGGAGCAAAAUCUCGACCACCCACAACUCAAUUCUUGCGACAUUCUCAGACCAGACUAGCAUCUUCAGGAUUGGUCUACAGCUCAAGUCGUCCAUCAGGAAGUGAGAAAUCUAAGUUUAAUUGGACAUCGCCGACGACUCUUGUCCUGGGAUUUAUCCCCAUAUUCACAUUUGGACUUGGGACAUGGCAAAUACAGCGACUAAAAUGGAAAGUUGCCUUGAUUGAAGAGCUCGAAGAAAAAUCCCGUAGAGAACCACUGGUACUCCCUAAACGAAUCAACCUAUCUGUUCUCCCCGAGUUCGCCUACAGGCGCGUGUUGCUCACCGGGACCUGGGAUCCUGACCCAUCUCACACUAUUUUGCUUGGCCCGAGGACUCGUGACAACGUUUUAGGAUACCAUAUCAUCUCACCUCUGAUUCGUGGUGAUGGCGCCUCGAGCAUUUUGGUCAACCGAGGAUUCGUGUCGCGCGAUACCCUCGAACAGGGGAAACAAAUCAUGCAGGGUGUUCGAUCCGACAUUCCCAAGACUGCCGCCUUGGUCGCCGAUGCAGCCAAGCAAGGCAAGGUUCAGGUAGUCGGAAUGCUCACCUCGGCAGCAAAACGCAACAGCUUUACGCCGGAUAAUAAACCAGAGACAGGAGAAUGGUAUUGGGCUGAUGCUGAUGCUAUGGCAAAGGUAGCCUCAGGGCAGAAUGGCGAUGUUCAACCUGUAUUAGUAGACGAAUUAUUCGCUGGGGAUGGCGCUGAAGCAUCUCGGAGGAGCACGCAUGGGAUUCCAAUUGGGCGUCCUCCUGAGAUUGAGCUCAGGAACAUGCAUGCAACCUAUGCUGCCACCUGGUACUCGUUAUCGGCCGCUACCGCCUUCAUGACAGAUGUAAAACCUCCAGCACACCCCAGCUCUCCAAAACCAAUAGUACGAGCGAACCGUCCUGUGGACCAAACGUUCUAUCUUUCGGUCGUUGCUGGUAUAUGGCUUGGUUUCGGGGCAAUCGGCGCUCUCUCUGCUGCAUGCGGCGUUCCCCAGAGCGUACGUGCAGAGUGGCCGAUCAUUCCAAAGUUCCUCAUGGGUUCGAUAUUCGCUUUUGCUUUGCAUUAUAUUGUCAUAUUUGGGGGCGAGCUCUUCACAGGAACCAUCAUGAUAUUCGGAGUUGGUUGGAUAAACCGGGCGAUACCCAUUCGCCGUUCAGUGACUAAUCUAAUAAUCGUAUAUGUCGGCAACUGGUGUGGUUGCCUUAUCAUGGCAUAUUUCAUGGCGUAUUUGACUGGGAUAUUCGACGAUGCUUCGUCACGGCAAUGGCUGACGGUCGCCACGUUGGGUAAAACCCACGGUCACGGUUGGGGGGUUCUGUUCUUGAAAGGAAUAGGUGCAAAUGCGAUGGUUUGCAUGGCUGUCGUUCUUUACCACGCGUGCACGGAUUCUGCCGGGAAGAUCAUGGCGAUAUGGUUCCCAGUAGUUGUAUUCGUCAUCAGCGGUUAUGAGCACUGUGUAGCAAAUAUGUUCUUCUUAUCUGUCGGUCUGUUAUACGGUGCUCCUUCGACGAUUGCGCGACUCUGGUUCAAUCAAUCGGCGGCGUUGUGUGGGAAUAUUAUCGGUGGUGCGGUGGUAAUCGGAUUGAACCUUCAUCUCAUGAACAAUUGGAUUUCUCCUAUUCCCUGGGACCGAAAGCCCAAGGAGGGCAGUGAUGUGGAGAGGCGUUGA